AAAGGAACAUCAUAUGUAACAUGAGAUAUCAUUACAUAUUCCUAGUGCUAGUGCUAAUCACACUGUGUUUCAUCUUUCAUGCUUCUUUCCCAAGUCUACAAGAAAAAUAGUCUAGUAAGAAAUGGGAGUGGGAGGACUCAAGGGACACAGUACAGUGAAUGUCAGUGGAAGUGGGAGAGCAGGCUGGCCAUAUGGGUUGAUGCUGCUGCUUUUUGUGGCAUUUGGGGCUUUGCUUUUGGGAGUGAUAGCCAUCCACAAACACAAGGAGAGAAGAGAUUUUCAUCUUGUUAUCAAAGACAGAGACCUACAGCUUCAUUCUCUUCAUCUCCAGUUGCAGACGGAAAGAGAUUUUAGCAAAAAAGCUAAACAGAAAUCAGAAGAGUUAAACUCAGAGUUAUAUAACCUCCGAAACCAGAAGUCGGAGCUCAAUGGCAAGAUCAGGGAAAUGCAAUCCACAAUAUCUUCCUUGAAAGAGGAACACAAAGCAAUUGAGUCGGCAUUAGGAGAAAAGCAAAAAGAAAUCGACCUGAUGAAAGAGAGAGAAAAGCAUGAAGAUGAACAAAAUAAUCAAGGAUCAUUUCUGGCCAAAGUGUUGAGCUUGAAGGAAGCUGAAUUUGAGAAUCUAAAGAGUAAUCUUCAAUUACCAGUUAGAGAUGGGAAUUUCAAUUUUAGAUAUCCAAAUUCCCCUAUGAAUCCAACCAACAAGAUUAGUAUUGGGAGGGAUGAAACAGUCAGCACCAACAAAGAGAAUGGUGGGCAACUGCAUAACUACUUCAAAACUGCAGACGUAGAAAACUCAACAAAUGGUGAAGAUGGAAGAGAAACUGAAAAUGCUGCUGCUAGCAGAAAAAUAUCUGGAGAACCACGUAUACUGAAAAGAUCUCAACAGGAAUUUCAACAGAAUAAUACAGCAGAUGAAAAUCCUGGCAAACAGGUGAGCUACAAAUUUUCCACAAACAGCAGAGGUAUGGAUAUGGACACCCAGAAGCGUAACACAAAUGGCACUGAGGUAAGAACAAACUCUGGUUCUGAUUUCAAAAAAACUGAAGAUGCUGCGGCAGGUGUCACACUUGCUGCGAACACCAAAUUUGGAGCAAAAUCUGUUGUUGAUUUUGAAAAACCUAAAAAUGUUGAUAAUGCCAUACUCGCUGCAAACACUAAGUUUGGAAACAAUGAUCUUCAAGAGAAAAAUAUAGUUGGAAGUACAAGAGGAAAAGUAAUGUUCAGAAAUGAAAGAGAAGGCAAGCAGAAAGAGAGACCUGGGGAGGCGGAGCUGCUAAAACUCUUUAAAGAAAAAGGCCAAAGUCUAGGCUUAGACAUUAGAACUGGAUCAGAUGAAAAUAUGGCAAAGUUUAAAUCAUUUAACCCAGUUCUGUGGAAGGAAGGUAUGGAAUCAAAAGGUGAUACUAAAGUUGGUUCAGGGAGUAAAACCAAGAAAGAUCAUUCAAGCAGUUUUCUAAAGUCAAGUAUGAAUAGUGAGAACAGAAUCUCAGAAUGGUUCUCUCAGGUGUCAGAUGAAAUCCAGGUGAACAAAAAAAUCGAUGAUAAGGGAAGCAGCGUUACCAGUGAUGACAAGAAAAAGAAGCCUAAAGGAAUUGUUUACCAAGAGGCACAAGCCAACGGGAAUCCACAUCGCACAGAGAGGAGUCGUAAUGGCAAAGCAGCCAAUCCCAAAAAAAGACAUAAUGCUGAUAAGAAUGCUAAUAUUGCAGAGCGGGAGGCUGACAAUACAUAUGAAGGAUGAAUAGGAAGCACACUACCUUCCAAUGUAGCUUUAAGUAGGAAGAAGAUAAAGCAGAGAGUUAGGAAAUAACUGCAAAACAUGCAUUUUACUUAUCUGAAUGCUAAAAGUUGCAACAGAA